GAUCGUUUUUUGCUGAUCUUCAUCAUUCUGUUCGUGUGUUCGAUAAUUUCCCGUGGUUAAUUUUUGUAAUUUGUAAUUAAUUUUUCGGAUUCAUUUGUAUCGCAUUCUGGGUUAUUCGUUCGGAUGCUGUAAAAUCAUGUAAUUCAUCACCAUUUGGAAGGUGGUUAUUAUUUUUCUCUGACUGAAGUAAGACUGAAGUAGAACACCAUGUCUUUCUUCGAUGAAUUCCAAAUCCAAGAACACCAUCUUAUUUCCAUCGACAGACGUGACGGAAUUCCAUCGGUGUAUUGUGAUCGAGUUUCACCAUCGAGGGAUUCCACAGAGAGCUGCUCAACCUGUGCUUGGUCUCAAUUGCAUCGAUAUACAUUUCGCGAUAUGAUAUGGCACCUUGAACAAUGAAGAGUAAGGAGUAGAUAUACAACUACUCCUUACCAAUCGCUGUUACUUCGUCAAAAUUUUACUCAUUAUUUUGACCGAACGUGCAAACCGAUAUAACAAUGACCGUCAGCUCGAUACCAUGAUUACAGAUGAUGUAAUGCUGAAUCAUCCUGAAUAAAUCCAACAUCAUUAAUAUGUUAUUAAAAGCGAUUCUUCUGGAACUCACUACACUGCUGAUAACGUUUUCAAAAGCAAACGGAUACGAACCAAAUUUCAUUCAAGAUCUCAACAACGUGACUGUACCAAAAGGCAAAGAUGCUGUAUUCAAAUGCGAAGUAGAUCAUUUAGGAGGAUACAAGGUGGCUUGGAUAAACGCCGAUACUAAAGCAAUUCUCGCCAUACACGACCAUGUAAUUACGAAUAAUCAUCGGCUGGUUGCCGCACAUACCGACGCUUACACGUGGACUUUGACAAUACGAGCUGUUAAACGAGAUGAUCGCGGUUAUUACAUGUGCCAAGUGAAUACAGAUCCGAUGAAAAGUCGGAAAGCAUUUCUAGAAGUUGUAGUACCUCCAGAUAUCAUAUCCACUGGUACGAGUACAGAUACCACUGUUGUUGAGGGUAAAUCGGCGAAAUUGGAAUGCAAAGCACGAGGUGUGCCUAAACCCAGUAUCUCAUGGAGACGCGAAGACGGUCGAGAAAUUAUUAUUCGUAGUUUUACUAACGAUAAAAACAAAACGCAAGUUUACGAAGGCGAAAGCUUAUAUUUACCAAAAGUAACGCGAAACGAGAUGGGUAUUUAUCUUUGUAUUGCGUUCAAUGGAGUUCCUCCGACGGUCAGUCAACGAGUUCAGCUUAUUGUUAAUUUCCAUCCGCUAAUCCAAGUACCGAACCAAUUAGUGGGAGCACCUUUGGAUAAGCCGGUUACAUUACAAUGCAUAUCAGAAGCCUAUCCCAAACCGAUAAAUUAUUGGGAAAAAGAAGAAAAAUCAGGAAAUAACAUGCUCGUUCAUGAUAGAAAAAAAUACAUUAUCAGCGAAAACGUAACGAACGAUUAUACCUUCAGAUUAACUCUGAAAAUCGUCAAAGUGAAAAAAAGCGAUUAUGGUACCUACAAAUGCAUAUCAAAAAAUUCCAUUGGGGAAUCCGAAGGUGUUAUCAGAAUACACGAAAUGGACCCAGCUACUCUAAAUACGAAGAAUGAACUAGACUAUGAAACUCCUAAUAACAUAAUGGUCUUCAAAGAAAACGAAGCUUACGACGAAGAAACCGAAGAUGAUAAUAGUUUACCAUUUGGCAACAAAACUAAGAAACUAGUCAGGCAGGAAAAAUCAACUUCAACCAGAACUGACUAUAAAUAUUUCUCCUCUAUUAUAAUACCAUGUAUAGUGUUUUGCUUACGGAGCAAAAUUUAUGUAUAAUAACAGUUAUACGAAACGUUUUCAUUUUUUUUUUUUUUUUUCUAUAAAACAUGUUUUUAUAAAAGGCAUAUUACAUCUAACUAUAGUAAAAUCGUCGCUUUGCGAGAUGUUUUUUUCAAAAUGUAAAAAGCACUACGUAUAGUGACGUGUGAUAUAUUGUUUGAUAAUUUUUGUGCUGACACAGCUCCAAGUUUUUUUUACAAAACAAACAAUUACCUAUGUAUUAAACAAAGAAUUAAUUUACCUUAUCGUAUUUUUGUUUUGUUUUGUUCUGUUUUUGGUUAUUGUGCUACUUUGUGUAAAUUAUUAGAACGUUUUCUGUUAUGUAUUUGCUUUAUCUGUUUCUAUUUUCUAUUUGUUGAUUACGUAUGGUAAUUUAUAUUUCCGGAUUAGUGUUUUCAUUAUUUCUGUUUAUCGUUUUUUAUUUUUUAUUUUUUCAUCUCAUGAUUUCUGUUUUUAGUCCAGUGUCUUGGUUGAGACGAUUUUUAUCAUUAAGUCGCGUAAGUUGUUUAUACAUAGUAACAACCGCAUUAAUGAAUUGAUAUAAGUAUGAUAUUUUUAAUCGCGACAUGUUUUUUUUAAUCUUGUACCUAUCAAAAUAUGUCAACAUUUAAAGUUUUUUGUUAAAUAAUAAUAUUGAUAAAAUUGUC